AUGAUCAAGAACACCAUCCGAAGCGACGACACGGACGAGCUGCUGGACGAGUGGCAAUGGCCCGCCGACUGCACGGCCCAGCACGAGAUGGAGCGCCAUUUGCGCUGCCAGAUCUGCGGGGACUUUUUCCACGGCCCCGUGCUCCUGCCCUGUUCGCACACCUUUUGCUCGACGUGUGUGCGUCGCUUUCUGCAGAGCAAAGGCGCCCACGGGUGCUGUCCCGAGUGCAAACGGCCGGUCGUGUCCCGUGAGCUGGUGCCGAAUCGGGCGUUGGAGCAAGUGGUGCUUCUGUUCAAGGCGUCCAAGCCAGACCUGCUCCAGCGACUGCAAGGGACCCGAGCGCUGCCAUCCGUGACGCCUGUGCUGCUGGACGUGGAGAGGGGGCAGGAGAAGAAGACAAAGCAGUGGGACAAUGGCCAAGAGCGGAUGCCGCUGCUGUCGUACAGUGUCAUGAAGGACAAGGAAGUGCGGAAACUGCUGGACGUGAUUCAUGUUCGAGUCCCGACGAAAAACCGGGAGGAGAUUAUCCAGAUUCACAAAGAGUUUGUGCUCCUGUCGAACGCGCAGGCGGAUUCCCUGAACCCAAAGACCACGGCACAAGUUCGAGAGGAAGUGGUGCGGAACCACUAUGCGAGAAUGCAGCAGAAAGCCAAGACUGAUGCACAGAAACGCACUCAAAGUGGAAGCGACAAUCAUGACAGUGGGAACAUUGCGGUGUCGCCGGCGUCGGGUGUGUCGGUACAGAUGCGCGCAAACUUCGACAAACUUCGACAGGAUAUUGCAGACAGAAAAGCAGGCAAACGACCUCCAACGCCGCCGUCAGCCAGUGUCCCCUCCAUCGAUACUCCACAAAAGAAGGUAUCGGGGGGAGAUGCAGGAGCGUCUGUGGGUGUGUGGCGUCACUUUUGUGCAUUGGACACGAACAUGAAGCAGGAGUUUUACGUCAACUCCGUGACACAUGAGAUUCGUGUCGAGCUGCCGUCUCGAUCUGUGCGAGAACGAUCGCCAGCAAACCGCUACGAUGACCUGACUGAUGUUGUGCGUGCUGUAGCUGAGAGGGAUCCAGCAGAUUUAGGUUGUGGCGAUGCAGCAAAGGCAGUAACGCCUCUCAAGGCGAAGGUAAAGACCAAGCGGGCAAUUGCUCCAGCAUUUGCUUCACCGGACGCAACGUCUGAAUUUCAGAGCGCCACAGAAGAGACUGUCGUCUUGGAAGACGAGGUCGAAGACCGUGAGGAAGAACGGGAGCUAGAGGAUGAAAGCACAAAGCAGGACAACCUAGGCAAACAUGCACGAAAUGCCGAUGGUACCGACUCGACAAUAGAUGACUCGAUCGAAGCCGUUGAAGACGCGGACGAAGCGGCCAGUGAGUGGCAGUGCUCUCGGUGUACAUUAGUCAACGAGUCGACAUGUCAGCAGUGUGAAGCAUGCGGAUAUGAGCCAGCCUCUGUCCCUGCCAAGAAGCGUCUUCGCAAAAAGAUGCACUUUCAAAGCAAAAUAGCUUUGUCUUAG